AUGAGCCGGCCACACCAACAAUUCUCUUCAAAGACGGGUUUCAGCGCCGAAAUCGCUCCAAUCACCGAGGUUUCUUGCCUCUUUCUCAUCCGAAUGAAGCAUACCGGUCGGCAUCACCUUGAUCCCAUUCCUAAAUGGGGCAUCGGGAAACUCCAUGAAAAGCGAAACAAGGAGAUAACAGGAUACCUCCAUUUGGAAGGAGUCUCGUCGGUAGUGGAAAUGCAAAGAAGAAAACGGUGCAUUGAUUGGCCCGUUCGCGAUUCUCAUGUACAUGCCGAAUCUCGUCAAGACCUACUUUCAAAUGUUCGAAGAACUGGGGAAGAUCCAGGGCCUGCCGGCCAGGGCCCGGGGUACUGCCAUCUUGGCCAGGGGAGUGUCUUUCACGCCAAAUACGAACGUCACGCGCAUAUUGCCGUGGUUGUAGUCGUGGACCUCAGUGAGACUCAGAUUAAGUCGAUUGCGGCCGGAGUCAAACUGACAGGUGAACAUGCUCUCGAUCAGCCAGCUGGUGGCGUUUGA